AUGGAGGAAGAGGCAGCAAGUGACGGUCGAAAGCUUCGGCAGUCGACUUUGUCGCACAAGCCUGGUCACUAUGAGGAGUCACAGGCAUAUGGUGAGGGCUGUCAGACGCCUGCAGCUGAUAACAAUGAGAACAGCUGCCAAACGGUUGCGCACAACAUUUCUGAGAGAAGUCCUGAACGAGGCAAACCCUUCAAAGAGUUCCUCUUGAAUGUGACUAAUGAUUUGGACUGGGGCAGCCCCGAGCCUGAAGAUAUUGGGGAGCCCAUCGAGUGGUGCCAGGUCACCCUUGGUGGGCAAUGGGUCCUUCUCUUGGCUCUUUGCCAGUACAAAGCAUUUGUGCCUGCCACGCAACUUCUCAAGAUGAAGGUCACCGAUAUCAUGGAUUUUGUUGGUCUAUACAUCCGUUGUCAUCGAGAGACAAAGCAAUGGGCCAAUGAGAUAAGCGGAACUACUGUUGAAGUUCUCCUUCAAAUGGCUAAAGGAGUUGGGGCAAGUGCAGACAAGACGAACGCUCUCAAGCGGCCUUGCCUUCCGACUGAUAUUCUUCAGGACCAUGAGCGGGUUCAGGCAAUCAAUUACCUGCUCCAAGUAGGCCAGUUUGGGUUUGUUGAGGAGGUCAACAAGUGGCGCGGUCAUUCUACCACCUUUCACACACUUCCUAUUGAGCCCGAGAUCAUGGCUGCAUGCUCCGUGAUCCUAGACAAAGGGAUGGGGAGCCUGGAGGUCAAAAAUAUCAAACUGCCGCAAAGCAACAAGGCCAGACAAUCAUUGCUAUGGCUUGGAGGAGUUCAGUCGGAGUUCCAUAACCUAGCGAAGUGUCUGGGUGAACUCGAAGCCUACCUUCCUCACUUGACUUUCCAGGACAAGUUGUCCGUUGUUGUAAGCAGCCAGAGCCCCAACCUCUCUUUGAUGGGCUGA